UGAUCUAACAACCAUACGCCACGUGACCUCUCUUCCCUCCAAUUCAAAUCUCUCAGCUACCAAAUUCUCUAUAUAAACAUUUCUCUACCGCAUCCCAUUACUCUCGUCCUCUCCGUCCGUCUGUCGCGCCAUUCAUUGACGGCUUUCACGAGGCAGGAUUCAGGUUUUUUUGAGUGAUUAGCUACACAAUGGCUACUGGACAGCUAUUUUCGAAAACCACUCAAGCUUUGUUUUACAAUUACAAGCAGCUUCCGAUUCAACGGAUGCUUGAUUUUGAUUUUCUAUGUGGGAGGGAAACACCAUCCGUUGCUGGAAUUAUAAAUCCUGGUUCUGAGGGAUUUCAGAAACUCUUUUUUGGUCAAGAAGAAAUUGCCAUUCCAGUACAUUCAACUAUUGAAGCAGCUUCUGCUGCCCAUCCAACUGCUGAUGUUUUUAUUAACUUUGCAUCAUUUAGAAGUGCGGCAGCCUCAUCCAUGGCUGCUCUGAAGCAGCCAACCAUCAGGGUGGUUGCUAUAAUAGCUGAAGGUGUGCCUGAGGCAGACACCAAGCAAUUGAUUGCAUAUGCACGGGCAAACAAUAAGGUUGUCAUUGGCCCUGCUACUGUUGGAGGAAUUCAAGCUGGAGCAUUUAAGAUAGGUGACACUGCCGGCACCCUUGACAAUAUUAUUCACUGCAAACUCUACAGGCCCGGAUCUGUUGGCUUUGUCUCCAAAUCUGGAGGCAUGUCGAAUGAACUAUACAAUACUAUUGCUCGUGUGACUGAUGGAAUUUAUGAAGGUAUUGCCAUUGGUGGAGAUGUCUUUCCUGGCUCCACCCUUUCUGACCAUGUUUUGCGGUUUAACAACAUCCCACAGGUUAAGAUGAUGGUUGUUCUUGGGGAACUUGGAGGGCGAGAUGAGUAUUCCCUAGUUGAAGCCUUGAAACAGGGAAAAGUGAAUAAACCAGUGGUUGCUUGGGUUAGUGGAACUUGUGCACGGCUCUUCAAAUCAGAAGUACAAUUUGGUCAUGCUGGAGCUAAAAGUGGUGGUGAGCUGGAGUCUGCUCAGGCAAAGAAUCAAGCACUGAGGGAUGCUGGAGCUGUUGUACCUACAUCAUAUGAAGCCUUUGAAACUGCAAUUAAGGAGACAUUUGAGAAACUGGUUGAGGGGGGGAAGAUUCCCCCUGUGAAGGAAUUUAAGCCUCCACAAAUCCCUGAGGAUCUUAACAUUGCCAUUAAGAGUGGGAGAGUUCGGGCUCCAACCCAUAUUAUUUCAACCAUCUCUGAUGACAGAGGUGAGGAGCCAUGCUAUGCUGGUGUGCCAAUGUCUUCCAUUGUGGAACAAGGUUACGGGGUGGGUGAUGUUAUCUCUCUUUUGUGGUUCAAGCGCAGCCUUCCCCGUUACUGUACCAAAUUUAUCGAGAUAUGUAUCAUGUUGUGUGCUGAUCAUGGUCCCUGUGUCUCCGGUGCUCACAACUCUAUUGUGACAGCAAGAGCUGGAAAGGAUCUUGUUUCCAGUCUUGUCUCAGGUUUGCUCACAAUUGGUCCUCGAUUCGGUGGUGCCAUUGAUGAUGCUGCUAGGUAUUUUAAGGAUGCUUAUGAGAGGGGUCUUACACCAUAUGAGUUUGUUGAAGGUAUGAAAAAGAAGGGCAUUCGUGUGCCAGGAAUUGGGCACAGGAUUAAGAGAGGAGAUAACAGAGACCAAAGAGUGGAGCUGCUGCAAAGAUUUGCUCGCACAAACUUCCCUUCUGUGAAAUACAUGGAAUAUGCUGUUGAAGUUGAAACAUACACUCUAUCAAAGGCAAAUAACCUCGUUCUUAAUGUAGAUGGUGCAAUUGGGUCCCUUUUCUUGGAUCUCCUUGCUGGCAGUGGAAUGUUCACCAAGCAAGAGAUUGAUGAGAUUGUUGAGAUUGGCUAUCUGAAUGGACUCUUUGUACUGGCACGUUCAAUUGGUUUGAUUGGGCAUACCUUUGACCAGAAGAGAUUGAAACAGCCUCUAUACCGUCACCCAUGGGAGGACGUACUCUACACCAAGUAAUUCAAAUCACCAUCAUUCGGUGGCGCAAGUUCGGCUUUCGGAAAGCUAAUUUUUUUUCCUUUUUAAAGGUUGCAAUUUGCUGGGAUUCUUAUAAUACAGAUAAUCACAGAGGACAAAUGCCUUCAUUUUGUUAAGUUGUAUCUGCAAGUUCAAUGAGUCCUCGGGAUGAUUUUUUAUUGAACAAACUGAAAAUUUCCAUAAAAAGAAUUUGUAGUUUCUGGUUUUCACAAAACAAAUAAUAGAGUUGACUUUUGUUUUA